AUGCCUUCAUUCACAUUUACCAUUCACCGUCGCCGUUUCCUUUUUUCUCUGGAAGCCGAGUGGCAUCCUGCACUCGCCAAAACCAGUAAUAGAAAAGAAAGUAGGGUACUCAUAGCGAACUGCGUAAGCGCCGGCGUGUGCGCUUCGCAGAACAUAGAGAAGUUGUGGAAGGCGCGCUGUAGGUUUGACAUGAAGACAGUAUACAUUGUAGCGAUGUGCGCAGGCGGUGGCGGACUUCUUUGUAUCCUCUUGGUAAUCACCAUAUGCGUCCUCCGCAAGCGAACGAAGACGAGCAAUACCGACGACGACGACAGCGCCGCGCAAAGUGGAUGUGCACUUCACUACAUAGAUAUGUCCGGUAAUGAACGCGUCCUUGAUGUGAACGCAUUGGGUGCCAGAGACGGAAUCACACUGUUGGCCACUAUUGCUAAUCACUGCGGCGUGCAAGACUCUUCGGCGAUUGCACUCACGUAUGUGAAUGAUGCUCGUCGGUGUGUUGAAGUCGAUCCUGAUCUUCUGCUCCGAAGCGAUGGGGAGUUGUCCGACCGGCUGAUGCAGAGCAAGUUUUUCCCACUAAGGCUGGGAUGGCGUGUGAAGCCACCACAACCAGAACAGAAAAGGCACCAAAAACAGCGUGUCGAUGAGGACGCUAAGGCUUGUAGUGCUGAGGAAAGCCGUAUUGCAACAAGAAUCCACGAAUGCCCUCAAGAGAUGGCGAAUGGCAGCUACAAGGAUGUAGUUGGCUCCACCCCGCUUCCACUUAUUCUACCAACCAACUCGCACAUCACAUCCAGCAACCCCAUAACAAUUACUGCGGCACAGUACACCGUUGAAGGCUCUAACUACGUGCUGGAUGUGAACACUGUCGUCGCGAUGCAAGAGGCGUUACGUCAGCAUACGCCCCGGUCCAUUUUACUGGAAGAUGGCUCAGUUAUACUUGUCGACCCCGCGAGGCGAACGGUGUGCUUGAGAACUCCUCAAGGCAAUCAAUGCGCGGUAACGGAGCAUCCAGCUGGUGAACUCAAAUAUACCAUUGAUAACAAGGGCGCUGGCCAGUGGUACCCAUAUAGAUGUCCCAUAUAUUUGCCACCCGGGCGGUGGUGUGUGAGGGCGGAGGCUUCGAGUGCGGAUCAUCGUCGCGUUCGAACAACCUCCCGAGUUUUCACAGUAGAUGUUGUUGAGAAAUGA